CAUAUUAAGAGGUAGAUGGUUAAAAAAAAAGAGCUCUGAAGCUCUCCCAAGGGAACUAACUUUAUUUGGAACAGAGUGUGGGGGUAUUCAAGUCUUGCUGCCCAGAAUAAUGGAGAUUUUGGUGGUGAGCAGUUAAGAGGAAGCUGGUAGUCCAUGUGAACAAGCUAAACCAUAGACAAGUUAGAAAUGUAUAAGAGAAAAUCAGGGAAAUAGACAGCUAAGGAGAGCCCUCCUGGGGUUGGAACAAAAAAAAAAGACUGGCCUUAAACACUGCCCCCUACAAAUGGGUCUGAUUUUAAUUAGAUUAGAGCAAUUUAUGUCCCAGGGCACUGUCAAAAUAGAAUGGUCAGCCAGAAAUUAGUGAAGGCUAAUAGUGAUAUCAACAAAGGCAGCCAGUUUACACAGGGCUCAGGGAAAGAGAGAGGAAAAGAAGGCCCUGCUAAAUCUACUGUCAUCCCAGGGUGACUGCCCAAGGCUGUGUCCUCUGAGGAGUGACAUCAGAGGCUGCACACUGUGAGGGAAAUAGACAUCAAUAACACAGUCAAGCCAGCUACUAAACAGGUAAGCAAAAAACAACCACGACAAGCCAGGAGAUGCAUUAGGCGAAGGUAGGGGUGUGUGGAGUAUCCCGAAUUGCUUUGUUAUCUAAAAUGUCUGGUUUUCAAUAAAAAUUAGGAGACGUACAAAGAAAAGUAUGAACCAUACAAAGGAUAAAAUACAGGCAUCAGAAACUGUUCGAUCCUCUUUCGGGGAUGGUACCUAGAGGCAUUCAGGAUGUUUCAGCAUUUGACAUACUGUCGUAGGCUGUCCUGCAAUACAGCCUGUAACAAAACCAGGCUGUCCUUAACCCCUGGUAAUAAAAUUGUUUACCUUUAUACCAAGAAAGUUGGGAAAGCACUAAAGUCUGCAUGUGGCAUGUGCCCAGGCUGACCCUGAGGAGUUGGUGCUGUGAGACCUAAAAUUCUUAUGAGGUGGUUUAAAACGAAAAAACAUGUCAGCCAGGCCCAUGUGGCUAAAUGUGUCUGUGACAGGAUCAAGCAUGCUUUCCUUAUUGAGGAGCAGAUAAUCAUUGUGAAAGUCUUGAAAGCACAAGCACAGAAUCAGAAAGUUAAAUGA